AAGGGUAUAUUAAAACCCAUAUUACAUUUAUUUUAUUAUUAUUAUUCCUUGUUUAUUAUGUCUUAAUGAAACUAAGGAUGAGAAACCAUUGGAUGGGGUUUUCUGAAGUUUUGCACAAGGUGCAACUGGACUAGAUGGAUCAAUAGCGCGUAACUAUUGAAGAAACACUGUGAGAGCGCAACACUAAAGAAUUCAGCAUAAAGAACAAUUAAAGCAUCAAAGUGGACUUGACAGUUUUGCAUUAACUUCAGAUCGUUUUGCGCACACUUACGCAUUUUAUUGCAUCUCCAUGUAGCGGAUAUAUUCCCGGACAGCAUCAACAUCUCUCCUGUGUGGAAUUUAAAGGAAUUAAAAGCCUUUCGUGACGGAGCAUGGACGAGCAGAGCCAUCUGAUGCACACCCUUGGCGGUGUGACCCUCACCGGAUACUCGGUGGCAUUACCGGUCUCUCACGGUCACGAGACAGAUGAAGACGCGAGAAAUAAACAGGACUUGGGGGACAUUCUGCAUCAAAUUAUGACCAUCACCGACCAAAGCCUGGACGAGGCUCAAGCAAAAAAGCAUGGGCUAAACUGUCACAGAAUGAAGCCGGCUUUAUUCAGCGUGCUCUGUGAAAUCAAAGAGAAAACAGGUCUCAGUAUCCGUGGCAGCCAGGACGAUGACCCCUCUGACCCCCAACUCAUGCGGCUGGAUAACAUGCUGCUGGCAGAGGGCGUGUCCGGACCAGAGAAAGAGGGCGGGGCAGCAGCAGUUGCCGCGGCAACAGCAGCAGUGGGUGUUGGAGCUGAUAACUCCAUCGAGCACUCGGACUACAGAGCCAAACUCACCCAGAUCAGACAGAUCUAUCACACAGAACUAGAGAAAUACGAGCAGGCAUGCAACGAGUUUACCACCCAUGUGAUGAACCUGUUGAGGGAGCAGUCUCGCACACGACCCAUCUCACCCAAAGAGAUCGAGCGCAUGGUGAACAUCAUCCAUCGCAAGUUCAGCUCCAUCCAGAUGCAGCUCAAGCAGAGCACCUGUGAAGCCGUCAUGAUCCUCAGGUCUCGCUUCCUUGACGCCAGGAGGAAACGGCGUAACUUUAGCAAGCAGGCGACGGAGAUUUUAAACGAGUACUUCUACUCUCACCUCAGUAACCCGUAUCCCAGCGAGGAGGCCAAAGAGGAGCUGGCCAAGAAGUGUGCCAUUACCAUAUCACAGGGGAAGGGAAGCACCAUCACUGUGUCACAGGUGUCUAACUGGUUUGGUAAUAAACGUAUUCGCUACAAGAAGAACAUCGGUAAAUUCCAGGAAGAGGCAAAUCUGUACGCCGCUAAGACAGCAGUAACGGCAGCUCAUGCUGUGGCCGCCGUGGUACAAAACAGCCAGAACAAUUCGCCUACCACAGCCAACUCUGGGUUUCAGAUGAAAGACGAACAUUUUCAAUUAGACGCAACAGAAGACAAAAGCAAUCUGUUAAACAACAUGUUCACUGGUUCCUCGGGUUCAUAUAGUUUGUCAUGUUCUGGAGAUAUGUUCAUGAGUUUGCCCAGUCUGAAUGGAAACUCAUACCAGCUGGCCCAGAUCCCCAGUACAGGACAGACACCGGGCGACUCCAUACGGCACACCAUUGGCCAGCCGUUGGGUUACAGCGAUGGUCUGCGAGGAAACCCACUUUACAGCCCUCAUAGCUUGAAUGGUAACAGUGGCUGGCAUGAUGCUAUUACUCCGUCUUCUGUGACGUCUCCUAUAGAAGGAGCAAACAGUGUUCACUCAGAUACCUCUAACUGAUCAGACCUGCUGUCUGAAGUCACUCAACUUCCAACAAAGACAUUCCAAAGGAAAACCAACAUCAGCCAAUGACAUCUGCAGCCAGAAUACAGAUAGAAGAGCAUGAUAUUGGAAUAUAGUCUCAAAACUGCUUCCGUUUCACCCACAGUCACGGAUUAGUCACAAAAAGGAAGCAUGCAUGAUUCUUCAGUACAUCACUGCAAAAAUAAACCGAUGUAACUGGAUUAGUGGUACAAACUUUAUAAUUAAAACUUCAAGCAGUAACAAAGCUUUAUGGGGAUACCUCGAUAAACAUGUUUAAUGUGAGGAAAUAUAGCAGUUUUGGUGAUUAUCUGUGUGAACAUCUUUGAAUAUGUUUAAAAUGUAUCAGAUCAUUUACAUUUACUUUGGAUAAGUUUCUUUUCAACUUACAUGCCACCAACAAUGAAAAAGUGUGGAGAAACUGAUUUUUCUUUUUUUUUUCUUUUUUUUUUUACUUUUAAUGAUUUAACCUGAGCAUUAAUGUUAUACUGUACAUCAUAAAUUACAUUGACAUCUUGGUUUUUACCAAGACUAGCAAAUUAAGACAUAAACACAAUUUAGCAAUAUACUGCUGCAGAAUUCAGUCAUAUUAGAAUUUUGAAAACAGUCAUCAGUACAGCUCAAGAGGGUUCCGAAGUAAAAAUACCAUACAAAAUCUCCAAAGAGUAGCCUUAAAGGCGCUGUAAGUGAUUUUAACCAUUCUAGAAUUUCCACAAGAUGAGCAGUUGGAUUAGCCACACCCCCUUUUUCCACAACCCUACACUCCAAAGAUACCAAAUGAGCUUUGAGAAUAGCACCCUCAACUGACAACUGUUUUGAACAACAUGGCAUAAAAUCGUAUCGUCGGAUGGGGGGGGGGGAUUGCGAGUGGGGUGGCCAAUGGGGUGGCCAGGCUUCGGUACAUGGUGGCCACGGGCCACCCCCUAGCUCCGCCCCUACAGGUGAGAUAUCUCAGGAUACUUAUUUCAUUAAUAUCUUUCAGGGAGUAGUAAAAACAUUUUUUGCAUACCUUUUCAUGAAAAAAAAAAAAAUCACUUACAGCACCUUGCAGCACCAAGUCAGUGUGAUCACUACACUACCCACAAUUGUGAAGCAAGAUCCACCGAUCAGUGAAUCCGCUGCUAAGCUGCCUUCUCUCCAAAGUCGGAUGUAGAAUAUUCCUUUGUAAUCUUACACUGCUGUUUAUAAAGCCAUUUGAUUGCCCAGUUCUUGGGAGAUGGCGUAUAAAGAAAUAAAAUGGCAAUGCAGGUUUUCGACUGUCAACAAAGUUGUCUCCUGGUGUAACCAGUCCUGCUCGACCCGCUCCGAGCGGGAUUUGAACUGGGGUGUCCGACAUGGGAGUGGGAUGCACUAAUGAGGAGGCUAAAGGCUACAGCCCCUAAUGUAAAUCGGUAGUGCACCUUUUGAGGCUAGGGGAGUGAGGUUUAUACACUGCACAGCUACCUACCAGCUGGCUACCAUUACACUGGCAACCAAACUGCGGAGGACAGCAGGUGUACGAUUAUCAACAGAGAAGAUAAUUUAUGAUAUUUACACAUCUGUCUCUGCAAACAUUUGCUAAACUAGUUUUGUUAUCAUUUAAUGUAGGAACUUUGACUUAUUGAUGCAUUUUAUUUGCUUAAAAGUUCAUGUUUAUAAUUAACUGUGCUCAUUUCCUUGGAUGCCACCACACGCACACAGACAAGUGACAUUCUGUUACACUCUUCCAAAUAGAACGUUUGAAAUUCAGACUCUCCGAGUUGAAUGGAACGCAGCAAGAGUCUUGCACCUUAUUGCGGUCUAAUUUUCAGAUUUUCAAAUGUUUUAAUGUUGUGAUUCAUAUUGUAGCUGGUUGGUUUGGUUCAUGGAUUAAAACUCUUGCAACUCUUAAAGGAAUAUUCCGGGCUCAAUACAAGUUAAGCUCAAUCGACAGUAUUUGAAGCAUAAUGUUGAGUACCACAAAAAUGUAUUUAGAUUUUCCCUCCUUUAAAAAAAAAAAAAAAAAAAAAAAAAAAAAAAAAAAGCAAAAAUCUGGGUUCCAGUGAGGCACUUACAAUGGAAGUGAAUGGGGCCAAUCCGUAAACGUUAAAAUACUCACUGUUUCAAAAGUAUAGCCACAAGAAUUAUUCAAUAUGCAUAUUAACAUAAUUUUAGUGUAAUAAAAUCACUUACUAACCUUUUAUGAAUUAAGUUAUUUCCAAUUUUACAACUUCAUUGCCAUGACGACACAACACUGCAAAGCCUGUAAUCCCGGUAAUUUGGUAGUCCACCGCAAAAAUUACGAUUUAAACAACUUUACAGCUCAAAUAAUACACAAGUUUUAACAGAAGAAUUAAUGUAAUUACUUUUAUCAAAUUAUAAGCUUCACAUUUCUACCUUUAAACCCUCCAAAAAAUUGGCCCCAUUGACUUCCAUUGUAAUUAUUAUUAUUUUAUUUUUUUAAAGGAAUUUUUUGGGUUUUUUUGGUAAUCAACAAUUGUUGUCGAUUAAGCCUAACUUCUACUGAACCCAGAACUUUCCUUGAAUUUUUUUUUUUUUUUUUUCACUUUUAAGCUCUAUUGUGCAUUUUUCUCUUAAUCAUUUAUCAGAUAAUUUUAUAAAACUAUCUCCUACUUAACAUUGAAACAGACAGAAUGCAAACAAAAACAAUCAUUUAGGGGUAAUCUGAUAAUGCCAUUCAAGUGACUGGACAUAAUUACUACUAGUAUAAUUACUAGUAUAAUUACUAAUAUAACUACUAGUACAUACUGUAUUUGUACAUAGUGAAAACAUUUUUGUUAUUCUUUUCUUACUAUAUAUUAGCUAUUUAAAAAAUGUAGAAUUUAAAUUCGUAAAUUCAUAAUUCAUGCUCUGAAUA